CAACCCCCAAAAAACCCUAUCCUUGUCUCUUUCUCUCUCUAGCCCCCCUCUUCUUCGCCGGAGAUUCAAUUUUCCCGGAAUUCACUCUCGGAUAUGCAUAAUUCCUUGAUGUUUCGAUGUGUAUAAUCCGCUUGUACUGUUAGAAAUUCGUUCUUCGCAUCUGUGGAUUUUGAUUUUGUAAUUCUUUGGUAGUUUCUCGAAUUGUGAUUUGAAUGUAUUAGUUCUUCAUUUUUUGUAUUUGUUUUGAGUACUGUGUAGCUCUAGGGUUGGAAAUGACAAAGAGUGUUGUAGAUCUAGGACAGUUUUAAUCGUUGAUGGAAAUGGAGAGCACACGCAGAUCGUUUGAUAGAUCUCUUUCGAAAGAACCGGGACCGAAGAAGCCUAGGCUCACAGAGGAUCCUUCCGCAGCGGAUCGAAUCGCCAAUGGCCGUGCCGGAUUUGUGCAACGUCCAGCUGUUUCGAACCCUGCCGUCGGAGGAGGCCCGAGGGCCCAGAGGGACCGCGAUUCGGAGAGUAGCGAUUCUGUUCGGGGCCCCUUUCAACAUCAGCCAGCGGCGCAGUUGCAUCAUGAACUGGUGUCUCAGUACAAGACUGCGUUGGCUGAGCUGACUUUCAAUUCCAAGCCCAUAAUAACCAACCUGACAAUUAUUGCCGGAGAGAGUUUGCCUGCGGCCAAGGCCAUUGCAGCUGCUAUCUGCAACAAUAUUAUUGAGGUUCCUAGCGAGCAAAAACUGCCAUCUCUGUAUCUACUAGACAGUAUUGUGAAAAACAUUGGGAGAGAUUACAUAAAACACUUCGCUUCCAGAUUACCAGAGGUCUUCUGUAAGGCAUAUAGACAGCUCGAUCCUUCAAUACACCAAGGUAUGCGGCACCUCUUUGGCACCUGGAAGGGAGUCUUCCCUCCACAGUCACUUCAGCUGAUUGAGAGGGAGCUUGGAUUCACCUCUGCAGCUACUGUUUCAGCAGCUCCUAGAACUGAAUCACAAGCUCAACGUCCUGCACAUAGCAUUCAUGUAAACCCUAAGUAUUUGGAGGCAAGGCAGCGACUGCAAACCAGCAGGUCUAUCGAGAAACAUCAAAGAGAUCAAGUAAGUGAUACAGUUAGUGAGAAAAGUUCUGGUGUACCAUUUGCGGAUUCUGAUUAUGGUUCUGGUGUUUUGGGGCAUUCGGGCUUGGGAAGUGGAAGGAUGACAGAACACCUUAAAGAGCCUGGAUAUGACAGGACCUGGGAUGAGUCAAGCAGUGAUAUGAUUGGGAUGCCACAUCAAAAGAAUGGUUUUGGUCUGAAGCAUGGAUCAGAAAGCUAUGUUACCCAUGAGCCAGCAAAUUUUGACUUAGAUCUACAGCACAAGAAAAAUAUAUCCAGUAGGAACACAAAUGGGAUGAGGGAUAACUGGAAAGACUCUGAGGAGGAGGAGUAUACCUGGAGCGAGAUGAACUCUAGACCCACUGUAGCUGAUGCUCCAACUAAAAAUCAAUGGGCACCAGCCAAUUAUGAUAGAUUGGAUUUUGAAAGCCGUCUCUCAGGGCAUCAAAAUAUACAUGAUAUUGGAUCAAGGAAUGAUGAUGAAGUCUCAGUUGAUUCCAUUUCCAUUGAUCGCAGUCAAGUGGCAUCUGGGGCUCAAGUGUCAUUGUGGUCACAAAAGCUGCACCCACCAGAAGAAAGCAUGCAUUUAGGAACUGGUAAAACCUUGUCAGUUCAGUCGGAGGGAUAUCCAACUCGGUUGAAGAGCUCCCAAAGUACAUUGGGCAAGACCCAUUCCCUGUCACAGCUCAGUCAAACUCAUAUUGGAACCCCAAGCUUUAAGUUCCCAGUGAACGAAGCACCUUUAUCUAAAGCUUCUAUGAGUCAAGAGCGACAGACUCUUGCCCCUUCAUCUUCAGCCCGAUCAAUGGUGCAUCAACGUCCUCCCUCAUCGUCUGUUUCUUCACACAGUCAGAAUCAUUUUUUAAACAAUUUCGCUGACUGUGACCCCACUGCUACCGGCCCUCCUACAGAUCCUAGAAGGCGUCCAGGGCAAAAGAACACGAACUAUCGUGACCAAGUUCCAGAGGAUCCUCCUAUGCCAACCCGAGAAGUUUAUCAGGCCAGCACACAGAAGCCGCAUCCUGCAAGUUUACGGUCUACACCUGCUUUGGUGCCUCCCACUCAACAGAAGAAACACACUCCCGCUUCUCUACGAAGAAGUAUUGAAGUCUCCCAAUCAGAGUCUUCUGCGCCAGAACACCGCAUGCUACCGUCACAUAUUUCAGGCUCUGAAACGAUGGGGAAUUCGUCUUCUGACCAAUCAAAUCCUUUUACUGUUGAUUCCCCUGGAAAAUCCAUUACUAGUUCAAUAACAGGUAGCUUAAAUGACCCUAGUUGGUCUGGUUCAUCUCGAAAUAUUUUACACGGAACUGUAGUACCCCCUGCACUUUCUCAGAGUAUUGGUUCAGAGAAGAUGCCAGCAGUUAACUCCACCUCUAAUCCCUUUUCCAGUCUCUUAAGCUCAUUGGUUGCGAAAGGCCUGAUAUCUUCUUCGAAAUCUGAUCCUGUGCUGUCCAUCUCACCUAAUCCUGAUCAACCUAUGGAUGAUGUCCCUGAGACUGCAAGUACUAGUUCAGCUCCAGUAUCUUCUGUUCCAGUCACCUUGUCAAAACCUAUCGUGUCUGCUAGAGAUGAGCCAUAUUCAUCAGAGUCUACUCUCAAGGCUUCUGACAGAUUGCCCCCCCCAGCAGAAAAGAUAAAACAUCUUAUUGGUUUUGAGUUCAAACCAGAUGUAGUCCGUAAGUUCCAUCCAGUUGUGAUUAGUGACCUUCUCUGUGACCUUCCACAUCUUUGCACCAUAUGUGGUUGUAAACUUAAAUUUCAAGAACAGCUUGACAGACACAUGGAAUGGCAUGCAUCAAGGGUUCCUGAGGAUGAUCCCAUGAGCAAGAUGUCAAGGAGUUGGUACACAAAUGUAGUUGAUUGGGUUGCAGAAGUUGGUAGUGCUCAUCUUGAUAGUAGUCCUUUGGACAUAGGAGGUUCAGGUGAUAUACUGGAAAGUAAUGAGCCGUUGGUCCCCGCAGAUGAGAGUCAAUGUGCAUGUAUAUUGUGUGGUGAGCUGUUUGAAGACUUCUACAACCAAGAAAAAGGCGAAUGGAUGUUUAAAGGAGCACUUUACUUGACCAUCCCAUCCUCGAAUGAAGGACUUGGAGCAACAAGUGAUGGUUUGAUUCUUAGUCCGAUAGUCCAUUCUGCCUGUAUAUCAGAAGACACUAUGAAUGACUUGGGGCUAGAUUAUGACAUCAAAAUGGUGAGUAAUUAAUAUCUUUGUGCCACUGGAAUCCAUAUUAGAAUGGAAGAUCAUAUAUUAAGUUUAAUGAGAAUUUAUUUUUGCUUACAAGAUUCAUCCAAUCAUGUACAUAUAGAUAGUUACUUAAACUCGCCUCCAAGUACAGCACAUCCACUGAAGCUGGGGUGAAUAAAGUCAAAAUUGAAGAAGGCCAACUGGGUAUAGUAGUUCAUAUGUGAACAACUUUUGGUCCUGGUAACUGUUGCAAUGUUCUAUGAGAUCAGGUUUAUGGGUAUUGGUUACAUCUAUACUUUUAUUGAUAGUUAACUUGGUUCCAAGUAAAAUAUUCAAUGAAGCUGUGCCAAUCAAAUAAAUCGAUACUGAUUUCUGCCAAUUUUACUGUAGUUUAUAUGUGAACAUCUUUCAUAUAGGCAUGUAUGCAGUGUCAAAUAAGCUUAGGUUUAUGGUUCCAACUAAAUUCAUAUAUGUGAACAUCUUUCAUAUAGGCAUGUAUGCAGUGCCAAUUUUACUGUAGUUUAUAUGUGAACAUCUUUUUUUUUUCUUGAAGUUGGGGCUGUGAAGAGUGAUUAGAAGUGAUACUUUUGUGGCCUGUUGAAGUACUAUUACAAGUGAGUUUAUAAUGGAACAUAAUCAAGUUGAUUUGAUUAUGCAUACUGAGCUUAGAAGUGAUAGCUCUAAUGAGAUGACAGUUGUAUAUGGGAAUCUUUAGAAUAGGGAAUAAUAAUAAUAAGAAGGUACAGUUUGUCAAGAUUAGUGAAGUUUUUAUUAUACUGAUAAUUACCCUUUUCCCAUUCUUUAUCAAAAUCCUUCAUCCAAACAGCAUAAUUUUUGUUGAUGACUAUUAAUCUUGGCUCAAUUUGUAGGAAAAGGCAUAGCAUAUCAAGGAGGGAGUAGAUUUAAUGAUGCUCGCUCACAGUCUGCCAAUAGCGCAUAGCAUGGAAUGAACAGAAAUGUUGCAUUUACAUUGAGCUUAUAGUUAAUGAUCAUAGCUUAUGGCUAUGCCCAGUGGCUUGGACUUGCUGCUGAAGGUAUCGUGCCAGCAUUGCUUUCCGUAUCAUGUUCCUGAUCUCUUAUAGGAUGAGAGCAAAUGCUAAUGUUAGUCUUCCGGCAGGAUGUCUGACAUGCCCCUGAUCAGUAUGUGGUUAUAUCCCUUCAACAGGCGUAACGAGGCCGGUUCAUUGCUUGUUAUAUGCAUCUUGUAACAGGUAAAAUGAAAUCCUCAUUUUGUAGACUUUUUUCUCUUUUUUCGUAUCCCCCGAAGGUUGCAUGAUGAAAACCGGCCUCUUUGCUAAAUGAGAAUGUUCCUACGAGAACUUGUGAACUCGGCUUCUGGUUCUUUCGAUUAUUGUUGUGUGUAGGUUUCUGCUUGAUGCUAUAAAUAAGAAGUUAGGUAUUCCUACUUUCAUUUUCA